ACAGUAAACAUUUUGCGGUUGCCUUGCGAACAGAACACUCAAAACAUUUCGGCUUGUGUUAAAUGUACUUAAGCGCACACUCAAUACCGAGAGUUACAAACGCGGGAAAUCGUCUCAGUUAACUACCAAGCGCACUCUGAGCAUGACGACGCUCAUCGACACGCUGCCAAAGAAACGCGACAUUUUGCGUCGAAAAAAUUGAUUUAAAUCAAUAGUAAAUUCAUUUUUAGUUAAUUUUAGGUGGCAAAACUCAAUUGUCAUUGAGAAAAUGUGUUUGAGUGAAAAAUUUCCGCGCUCAUUUAACCGAAAUCAAAAACUCUCCAGUACAAACCUUAUACAUUCCACUCCAAAUGGCCGUUGUUCUCGUAUCGACCGCACAACACAGCAGCGCCAUACGAAUGUGACAUACACUACGAACAAGUGAAUGAAAAAAAAUUCUUCGUCAGUGAAGUCGUAUGUGUUGUGUGUUGCGUCAAAAUCAAAAUAAUAAUAAAACAUUCCCGCAAAAAUGUUAUGCAUACCAUUCAACAAUUGCAACAGUAAAAUCGUAAACAAACAAGUGACAACAAAGUGUUUUUAAUGAAUAAUUACGUAAAAGAUUGGAACAAUGCACGACAUACACUUAUUUUUGAAAAAAUUAACGGAUUAUUUUGAUGCAAACAAUGCAUCGGCCGAACAAAUUCGGCUACAAUUCACCAAUCAACUACCACAACAUUUGGAGCUCAGCGAACUGAUCAACAAUUUAACGGAGAUUUGUACGGAAUGUCGACAGACACGUGAAUCUGAUGUAUUUGAUAAUACGCACGAUAGUUGGGAGUAUUUUUCCAAAAUUAUUUCUAUCGAACAUUUGCUGGCGUUCUUCACGGGUCUCGUUGAAAACACGACGAAAGAUGAAGGUUUUAUGCAGAAAAAACUGGGCAUUUGUGUGUGCCGAACAUAUGUGUUGCUACUUACUUCGCCUGGAGCGAAGAUUUUCGGUGCAUUUCAGCCGGAUUUACUGCGAAAAGUGUUCAAAAUGUUUGACAUCCUCAAAAAUUUGGGAGUUUAUCGUGAAAGUGAACGCGUUCAAUUACAAAUGAUGAUCACGUUAUUGUUGGAGGAGUUACAAUUGUAUUUGAAACAUGUGUCGUUUGAAGAGUACGAAGAAUUGCAAGUACAUUUCGUUGAAGCAAUCGGAUCGAUUAUGGAAUUCCAUCAUGAAAAAGGGUUUUUGAAUAAAUAUUCGUUUGAGAUCCAAGAGUUGUGCUACACCACACUUGAGAAUACCUGCCUGCCCAUUCACAAUACCGAUAUCACAGCUAGCUUGGCAAUGGUGCUGAAUGGAACUGCUUGUUUGACGCGAUUUCAUCGACCGUGCGCGGGAUCGGGCUUGAAACCGAAAUACGCUCUUAUCACCGAUUGGUUCAUCGAUAUGCUCAAGCACUAUCCACGUCAAACGGGCGACACACUGAAUUGUUACAUCCAAGCCAUUCUAACCGACACCGAGAUCACAACAAACAAAGACUUACUGAGUCGAUAUUUGGAUAUUUGCGCACAAUACGAUGCAGCCAUGGUACGAAUUUGUGGCCAAUCGAUAUGCGGCUUCUUACAGCAGUUAUCAUUGAGCAAAGAAUCUUCGCAUCGAACUAAUUGCGUCGAACUUGUUAGCCGCAUGCUAAUGAUGAACACACGCUGUGAUUGGGAACUGUUUCGUUCUGAAUUGCCGAAAAUUCCACGAGAAAUCAAUCUACUUCGAAUUUUGCUGCAGAAAAUCUACGACUCCAACAAUGUGGUUGCCAUGAAAGCGAUAAAUGCAUUCUUAAAAGUCGCUACCGAUGGCAAUUUAUUGUGCAAGGAAAUUAUAAGAAAAUGCUUCUUCGAACCUCAAAAUGAAGUCGAAGAGACUGAAACCAGUGAAUUGGACAACAUAAAUGAGAGCUCUGAUUUAGUAGCCGCUCAAAAUAACAUGGAAAACGAAAAUGAAAAAGAGAAAGAAAAUGAAAAUGGCGAAGAAAAUGAGAACGAUCAAGGCAAUCGAUUGGACGACGACAGCGCUUCAGACAGCGGCGUCAGUCGACGCUCAGAAGCUGUUGAUUACACGAAAUCUACCGAGUUCAAACUAUUGAUUAAGGAAAUUAAGCAAAAUCUGAUGUGCGCUACACGGUUGCAGUUGAAGAACCUAUCAGCUUUAGUUCGACGUGUCGCUGUUUUAUUGCUCGAUUUUUUGGGCACAACCACAUUGGAUAUUGAUGAGUUGUUGACAUCUUAUGAAUUGCGACAAUUGUUCAUCGAUCAAUCGCAGUUAGUCCGACGUCAACUGGUCAUAUCGCUUGACAAAAUACUGAAUUCGAAGCCAUCAAGUGAGGCAGCGAUCAAUGCGUACAUCAAAAUCAUCCUGGAUUUGGCCAACGACACCGAUCCAAAAGUCAUGGAGGCUGUUAUUGACAGCUUCAAGCGAAAUGUGUUCGACAAAAUUGAAUUCUACGAAAAAUCACCAUCGCUGACGCAUGUUUAUCCAUGGAGGCUAUUGAAAAGCAUGCUGAAUUGCAGAGAUUCACCCGAUUUUCGAAUAUCCGUUCAAAAAUGGAUGAAUCGAAAUCUGCUCAAUGCAAAAACGCUCUCGAAAAUCGAAACACAUUUGGAUACAAGCAACGCGACCGAAGCAUGGAUUCUCCUGGCUAUCGUUGCGCCAAACAUACAAGGUCACAAUCCGGAGAGGGUCUCAAAAUUACUUCUCUCCAAUUUGAAGUACGAUAUGACAAACACCAUCGAAAAUUGCUACAUCCAACUGGAGGUGUUGUCAUUUUGGCUACAGUAUUUGAAUAAUCCGUCGAAGAAUGAAAUAAAGCGCAUCAUGACUGAAACAUUGGAAACGGGCAGUUUACGUCCGAGAAAUAUCAAUCGCACAUUUGGCAUUUGCUACAAAUUGUCGGUUGAGUCGGGCGAUAGAGAUCGAAAACACUUCAUUUCGAAGAUUCGCAAUCGAUGCGAAUCGUACAUAUUUGCCAAUCAAAAUUCAAUGUUUGUACAGAAUCUGUGUGACGAUCGAUUCAUUAGCUACGUUUACUUGUAUUCGGAGAUUGCCAGUGUGUUGCAGUCAACCCUUCAUUCUGACAUCAUCAACUUUUUCUUUUCAUUUUUGCACGUUGUUGGCAAUAAACAGCAGCUUACAGUUCAAAAUGAUUCGAUGCUGUCGGAUAAGGUGAAUUGCAUACUGAGUGUUCUGACAGGGCUGUCAUCGUUUAGUCAAGAAAUUUGUGCUCGAUUUGUACCGCAUCUAGGUAAAAUUCUCCGAUCCAUUGACCACACGGAAGUUUCAUUCACAGCAAUCAAGUGCUUGGGUUAUUUGUGCAAAAAAAAUACGGCUGUUGUCGAGACAAUAGUGCCAUACAUUCUAAUGAAAACUCAGCAUCACUACAGCAAUAUUCGUGAGUUUGCAAUGAAAACAUUGGCUGCGCUAAUACUGGAAGAUUACUUAAAGUUUCGUGGCACAUUGCUGAUUUACAUAUUGGCAGGUUUGCUGGAUCAACAGCGUGAAAUCAAAGAGUUGGCUGUGGAAUUGAUAAUGAAGUAUACGUACGAAAAAAGUGAAAUUUUCCUGCGUACCUGUUUGAUCGAAUGUCCAUUUGUGUUUAACGCAUGUCCAUGCUUUGGUCAAGGAAAUUCGGGCCUAUCACGGUCGGGCAGCAUUCUCAAGGGCGCAACAAAGAAAGGUGCACGUGAAUACAUCUAUCAAUAUUUGAUACGUAAGAUCGAACCGGUCUACUUGUAUAUGUAUUUCGGUAACAUCUCACGAUUGCAUGAGUUCAUCCAAAAGGAACCAGCAAUAGCCAAAUCCAGUGACUUCCAAUCGGCUAUCGCAGAUUUUUUGUUCAUUUGCUCCGAAAUAUGCGUUGUUAACGAAAAGCAAAAGAAGAAUCUUGAGAAAAUCGUGAAAGAGAGUCAUAACGGAGAGGGAAUAGCAAUGAAUGACGACAAUGAUCUAGUCGCGAAUGAACUGAAUCCGGAAAAAGCCGAUGAGUCUGAGAAGAAGGGUCGUGGCGGAAAAAAGAACAAUCAACCAACGUUGAAACAGUCUUUGGCGACUGUUGAGAAAAUUGUGCCUUUGAUAUCAAGCAUUGACACUGAUCUACGGUCAAUGAAUCAAGCGAUGUUCGAACCAGUAUUGGAUAAAUUCUGUACAAAUAUGUGUAUACAUUUUGAAUCGUUGCUGGAAUAUGCGCAGCCACGUGCAUUUUGGGCGCCGUUUUUGAAAAAAGCAAAAAAACCACCGCCUGCGUCAGCAACACCCAGACAAUCAAAGAAAGCACCAGCGAAAAAAGUUGAAGUAAUGCAGCCUCCGUCCACACCAUCCCGAGCCGAAACACCAAAACCCAGCAAAAGUAAAGAGAACGACAGCGGCCGUUUUACACUUGAAGACGAUGCAGACGAUGAUAUCUCGUCGAAGCGAAGUAGAUCAAAACGAUGUGCUUCAAGGGCAUCAACCCGAACAGUAUCACAAGCAUCAGAAGCUAGUAUUCCGAAGGCGUCAAGUCGAAGCAAGAAACGGUUACAAUCGAUUUGCAGCGAAGAUGAAUCCGAUAACGAAUCAGUUUUUUCUGAACUCAGUGACAUCACUACACUAUCACAAAAACGAAGAAAUACUCGAGAAAAUCCAGGUUCCAGCAAUAAAAAGGUAAAAAAAGAUAAAGCACCACCCACACCAAAGACUCCUGCUUCAAGAAAAUCAUCCAGACGAUAAACAUACACAUUACAUUUCACAAACGACAACAAACAAUAAAUCACACUCACAAACAUACACACAUUACACGUGUCAAUUCAUGAUUGGACAUGAGAAUCGAUAUCGAGUUCUCGUCACCACGAGAUAUAUACAGCAGACAGUUCAAAUUAAUUGAAGGAGAAAAUAAAACAUGACAGUAUUCAAUGCCGUAAAAAACAAAACAAAAUUUAAGCUAGUUUAUUUGAUAAAUAAUAACAUAUUUCCAUUUCCAUUUGUAAAUAUUCAUAUUAAAUGUAAUUGUUUCCCUGAAUCCACACAAAGGAAUGUAUCAUUUAAGACAUGUUUAUAAGUUUUAAUUAUAAACAUUGGAAAAAUAAAAUUUGUACAAAUAAAAAGUCUCUUCAAAUGCUUGCGUUUCACAAAUUGUGAAGUUGAACAGAAAAGCAAAAAAACAUACACAUGACAAAUAGAAAAAUAAAACUUGACCUCUUUUGAAUAGAAAAA